AAUCGAUAAAAACCGAUAGACAGCCUUAUUAAAACUUGCUUGUCAACACUGGUUCACUAUUGUUCCUUUUAAAACUCAAACAAUAGCUUAACAUCUUCCCAAUUCGCCAAUAAAUCAAUUAUUUUCACAUUCCAGCACAAAAACUUGACCAUGGAGCUCCGUUGCAGAUUCAUCGACUUCACAUUCGCUCACGGUGAGAAGUUCUACGGCUGUAAAGUUGAAAACCAGCAAAUAAUUAACCAACAUUGUCUAAAAUUCAUUGGAAAGCAUGAUAAAGGAAAGACUGACGAUGACGUCUUGUAUGUCAUGUUCUCUAACUGCAACAUGGCUAGAAUCCCGCAAGGAAUCAAAAAACAUUUUUGGAAUAUGAAAAUUUUGGACAUCGAUCGAUCGAAAUUGAAGCAAAUUGAGAAAUUGGAUCUGGCUGGAUAUAAAAUUUUGGAAAAAUUCAUCUGCUACAAAAACGAACUUGAGCUUCUUCAUGAGGAUUUAUUUGAGGAUUUUAAACAUUUGGAAUUUAUUGAUUUUUGUGGAAACAACUUGAAAGUCAUUGAACCGAAUAUUUUGGAUGGACUUGAAAGAUUAGCAAAUGUUAAUUUUGGCGAGAAUCCAAAUUAUGAUAAAUUCUAUUCAAUUUAUCCAAUUUACAAUACAAAAUCAACUUUAGACGAGGUAAAGGCUCAGCUUGUUGACAAGUUUUUCUCGCUUGACUCGAAACUUAUUGAAAUUUACCUCAAAAAGCUGCAAAAUCCAGUCCAAAUGUUGAAAAUCUUCAGCAACAGAACCACAAAUUCAUCAAUAAAGUCAAUAAUUUUAGAAUUCAGACUCAAUUUUCUUGAAAAAAGGCUUGAAAGUUUAUCAGAAAGUUUAGAAACUGAAAAACUUCAAAAGUUGGAAAUCACAAAAAAUUUCCAGCUCCAAAUCGACAGCCUGACAUCCCAACUAGACACUGGCAUCCUUGGAGACCUUAAAAGAUUCCUAAAGAAUGAAAACAUCAAAGACUUUACAGUCAAAGUCGAUGAUCGAGAAUUCCAAGUCCACAAGUUCCUACUCGCAGUUCGAAGUCCAACUCUGGCUGGGGUUCUUUACAAAAAUCCUGAAGCUGAGAAUUUGAAGCUUUUGGAUGUGUCUGCUGAGACUUUUGAGAUAAUUUUGAAAUUCUUUUACACUGAUGAACUUCCUAGCGAUGCAGAGACGAACUUUUUGCAUCUUUUUGUGGCUGCUGGAAGGUUGAAAGUUGAGGAACUGAAAAAGUGUGCAGCAACGAAGCUUCACGAUCAAAUUGAUGCAAAUAAUGCAUUGGAAAUCUUCAAAUUAAGCAGCAAGUUUCAGAAUGAUGAGCUUAAAGUUAAAUCAUUUGCAGAACUAAGGAAAAAAUACUCAAAAAUAGAAAUUAAGGAUGAGUGGAUUAAAGAUUCAAUUAAAGUUGAGAAGAUUAUUGAAAGAUUUGAAAGAAAAGAGGAAGCAAUAAGGAAGAUUGAGAUUGAAUUUGAGGAUUAAGAGACAAAAAUUUACUAGAUUAAGA